GCCGACUCGGCCCGCCCCCUUCCCCCCGCCCCGCCCCGCGCCGCCGCCGCCGGCCCGGCCGCUGUCAGCUCCCUCAGCGACCAAGACGGCCAAGACGCGGCUGAGACGCGGUGUAUGCUGAGUCGCUGCGGCCGGAGGCUGCUGCACGUCCUGGGCCUUAGCUUCCCGCUGCUGACCUGCCAGCCGCUUUUCCUCUGGCCUCACCGCCUCAUGAAACCGCUGGUCGUGUUCGUCCUCGGCGGUCCCGGGGCCGGCAAGGGGACCCAGUGCGCCCGCAUCGUCGAGAAAUAUGGCUACACACACCUUUCUGCAGGAGAACUUCUUCGUGAUGAAAGGAAGAACCCAGAUUCACAGUAUGGUGAACUCAUUGAAAAGUACAUUAAAGAUGGAAAGAUUGUGCCAGUUGAGAUAACCAUCAGUUUGUUAAAGAGGGAAAUGGAUCAGACAAUGGCUGCCAAUGCUCAGAAGAAUAAAUUCUUGAUUGAUGGGUUUCCAAGAAAUCAAGACAACCUUCAAGGUUGGAAUAAGACCAUGGAUGGGAAGGCAGAUGUGUCUUUUGUUCUGUUUUUUGACUGUAAUAAUGAGAUCUGUAUUGAACGGUGUCUUGAGAGGGGAAAGAGUAGUGGUAGAAGUGAUGACAACAGAGAGAGCUUGGAAAAGAGAAUUCAGACCUAUCUUCAGUCAACAAAGCCAAUUAUUGACUUAUAUGAAGAAAUGGGGAAAGUCAAGAAAAUAGAUGCCUCUAAGUCUGUUGAUGAAGUUUUUGAUGAAGUUGUGAAGAUUUUUGACAAAGAAGGCUAACUCUAAACCUGAAAGCAUCCUUGAAAUCAUGCUUGAAUAUUGCUUUGAUAGCUGCUAUUACAACCCCUUUUUAAGGCAAUUUUAAUCUUUCAUAAUUACAUCUCAAUGAAUGGCUGGAAAGUAUGUAGUAAGACAAAUUAAAUUUUUUAUCUUCAAUUUUUCUGGUUACAGGAGUAGACAGUGAAUUCGGGUCUAACUUCAUCUUAGCCAUGGUGCUCACAAAACAAAGAAGGAUAUCAGCUAGUUCUUUGUUUUUCCUCAAAAAGCAUAUCCCUUUUAUAGUGUGUGCCUUCUGUGAGCAAAACUCUGUAGUCUGUGUGUAUAUCCCUUUAGUAAUUACAACAUGUUAAGAUUAGGGAUUCCCCACUUCCUUGUUUUCUUGUAGGUUUUACAUUUCCAACCUGUUAAGCGAAUUUGUGGACCAAAUUCCAAAGGAACUUUUUGUGUAGUCAGUUCUUGCAAAAUGUGUUUGGUAAACAAACUCAUAAAAUGAAUUCCUAGAAGUGUUUUAGUAUUUAUCAAAUAACUGACCAUUUCCUACAGAAAGAUAAGAAAACUUAAGGCUUUGUUUUAUUACAACUUAUACAAAGUUGUAUGACAAGGCAUCUUCUUUGCUUCCGGGGAUUGGGAUGGGGUCGCUGGGGGUUCAGAGCCUGGGAGAAUUGUCAGCUUUAUUCUGACAUAAAUCUGAGGGUAAGGGGCAGGAUCACAUCAAAUGACAUGUGUUCCUGUGCUCUAUUAUAUAGUGUUAUUAUUAUUAAUGAUUAAACUGAUCUUAACAAAAUUCCUAGCAGGGGAACCUUGAAAUGCAUGUACUGGGUUUAUGGUAAAAUGAUUUGGUUAGCAUUUUAAUAACAUUUCAUUCAGAGUUUUUUGUUUUUUGUUUUUAUUUGUUUUCUAGAUUAAAUGUAGGGUUGGUAUGAAGUAAAAAAAAAUCUAAUGGCUAAAUUUCCCAUUUGUGUUUAUUUUCUUGAAUACUUUUUUUUUUUCAGUUAUUUAAGGACAUUUAAAAAUCAUUGCACUUUGGUCAGAAAAAUAAUAAAUAUAUCUUAUAAAUGUUUGAUUUCCUUCCUGGCUACUUUUAUUUAGUAAAUUCUUUUUUGGCAUCAUGUUGAAGCAUUGAAAAGUACAGAAUUUUAAAAAGGCUAUUUUAAAAAGGCUAUCGAGUCCAAAGGAAUUUUCCCUUAAAUCCAUUCUUCCUUUAAAAAAUCUCUGAGAAAUUUGUGUUCCCCUUUCUUAUCUUUUUCUGCCAUUACUAAUGAAGAGUUAUUUCCAAGGUUCUUCAUGUGAGAUUUAUUAAAAUGUUUCUCAUUUUUAGCACUUAUACUGUUUGGUAUACAGGGUUAAAUAGGGUAAGGAAUUUUGUUUUUGUUUAAUUAGAUUUUAUAUUUAAAGUCAUUGGGAAUAGGAGCGCCUGGCUGACUCAGUGGUGUAAAGUAUGUGAUUUUUGAUCCCAUGGUUUGAGUUCAAGCCCCACAUUGGGCGUAGAGUUUACUUAAAAAAGAAGAAGAAGAAUUAGAAGUAUAAAGUCAAUGGGAAUAGUGAGGACAACUUGUGGAUGUUCUUACAUUAUAAUAGGUUCAUUUAUUUCUAUGUGUGUUAUGAAAUUCACUUAUUAAUGAUAUAUUUUUCAACAUACUUGCCAUUAGGAAACAAAAUAUAAGGGAUGGAUAUUAGCCACCAAAAUUUGUAUUGAGAUUAUCUUGGUUUCCUGGAAGAGACUAUAACAAAUUCUUGUGUGGUGAUUUAGUUCAGCAGAUACAGAGGGAUUUUGCUGGUGGUUUAAUCAAAAAGCUGCAGUAUGAAGCAAGAGUAAAGACUAUAAGGUUUUGAGAGCAUUCCUGCUCAAAUAAGUGAAGAAAUUCAUCAGAUGGGGGAAUCUAAAUGUUUAUACUGAUUUUGGGAAGCAAACGUGAGGUUUUUAAGAAGACUGCUGAGACGAGGCACUUCGCUUCCUUUCAUCACACAGCCUUUUGUGGCAUUUGAGAACACAAAUCAAGAAACAUCGUAAUUACGAAAUUAUGAGCCUUUGCUAGUUUGCUUUUGAGUAGAAAAACAUGUUGGCAAUAUUGUGUUUAGGAUUUGACUGAGAUACAUCGGACUUCAUUAGUUUAGUCAUUCCGUUUGUUAAAGUCACCAAGGAGGUUUUCAGUUUUGAAAGACCUUAGUGGAAGCUUUGCUUUUUUUUGCUUUUCUUUCUUUCUUUUUUUUUUUAAAAUUAACUGACAUUUCCUGAUGUUGGAUGUAUAUGAAAUUACUUGGUAAAUAAUCCUAAUAAAUUUUGUGCUAUGGCGUUUGCUGUUUCAGAUUUCCAUUCUCUCAAGCAUAUUGAAGACUGAGAAGUAUCCUGUAUUUAACAUGUGGGUUUACAGCAAAAGCAGAGUUCAGGAUCCAGGAGAAUUUUCUGCUCUGUAUUAUGUUUGCACAUCUUGAAUUAAGUAGAAAGCAUGACUUUAUCCCAUUCCUUCAAGAAGUAAUCUGGAUCGAGGCACAAGUCACCAGCUUUCCUGUCCUUGGGACAGCUAAAGGACGAAGUUGAACUUCUGGCUAUCAGGCUUUAUACCCUUUGUCAGCCCUGCCACUUCCAGGCCAUCACCAGGGCUCAGAUUUUUGUGAGAUCCCUGCUGUCCCUGCUCAUCAGAGCAGAACCUGGUUUUCUGGAGUCCGUCUUCUUCAAAAAGGCUCUUUCAUGAUUUUGUCUUCCUAAGACCUAGCCAUAAGAGAAGAGGGCUUAAUUAUUUUGGCCUAUUCAGGGAGAGAUGAGGGUAAUAAAUCAACAUUUCUCUAAGUGAGGUUCUUUCAGCCACAGAAAGUGGUUUUUUAUUUAUGAUACAUUUUGAAGUAACGCACAAAGUGUUACCUUCUUGACACUGGCCUUCAAUGCCCUAACCAACCAAAGGAAAAGCAUCUGUAGAGGUAGGUUACCUCAUCCCAGCCCUGAUGUAGAUAAUCCAGACAAACUUUGAAAAUUGUCUUCUACACUGUAGAAUCGAGCAGUUGAGCAGUUAAGCAGCAUUUUGCAUAAAUAGCAGAUGCAUUCUCAUUUGGUUGAGUAACCACAUCUAAAAAGAGAAAAUAAAAUUCAAAAAAUAUGUA